AUGACGCAUUACCAAGAGCCACGUCGUGGUCGACCACGUCUACAAGGCCAAGACGACGCCAGAGACAGGGACGACGCCGAGAACAAGCGGAUGCGGAUGAGGUUGGCGCAAAGGACGUAUCGAGCUCGGAAAGAGGAUGCGUUGAACCUAGAAAAGGCUCGCAGCGAGCGACUCAGCGGGGCUUUGGACCAGGCACUUGCUGCCUUUGCUACCCUCCAUCAGCGUGUUCUUGAGUUCCCCGAAGUACACGGCUCAUCUGGUCUCCUGGCUCAUCUCAACCAUGCGGCUUCAGAAAUGGCGACAAUUGCCAGUGACACAAACAAGACAGCUAGGCUUUUAUCUGCUUCCGAAUCCACGUACCCGAACAUUCAGCAGCCCGCCCCAGGAACAACGUCGCUCUCAAGUACAGCCGCUGCUGGGGAAUUGCAAAAUGACUGGAUCUUGGGUCUGGAGCCCACGACGGCUCAUAUGCCAGCUCUGGCACUCACCGGUUCAUCCGACGGGGUAGCCCUGACACUACGAACGAAUAACCAAGCCUUGGGCUCGCUGUCGGAUAGGAUCAUUCGAGCUUGCCUUGAACGUGUCAUCACUAUCUUAUCAAGCAGUUCUAGACAUGCGAGUCGCUUCCUGGACUUGACUCUACCUCUUAAUAUCCUCGGCAAGGAGUUGCUCGUAGAUGAGACCUUGAAGAUUCUUCCCCUCUUUCAUCAUUCGGACUACCAGUACCUCCCAGAGUCCGCGGUUCAUUUACCAUCCCUCUACCGUGUUGUUGAAGGUGAUAAAAACGUUGUACGUCGAUUACCGUCGCCAUCAGUGCAGCGGAUCCUGCGCGGCAAGACUAGGACUCUGUUGGCGACGGACUUCCCACCAUUGCAGGGGGAAUGGCUAGAAGCCAUAGACGUUGAAGAGUACCUGGAAGACCGGGGGAUCUAUUUACGAGGUGUCAACUUGAGUGAUAUGGCCAGCUUGGAAGAGUUUGAGUCUCAAAUAUUCACUCACAAUAAUGAUCUGCAGAACGGGCGGUCUUUGACAUCAACCAACAGUCUCAUAUCCGCAGUACCAGAUCAAAUACAGGUCACUUCCCGGACCAGCGAUUUCCAGCAGCCUCUAAGCCAAACUGGAGACUCAUCCGUCGAUUUACGACGUCACGAGCCCGCAGACUAUUCAGUAUUCGGACUUCCGAGUCCUGAACAGUCGAUCAGUCCAGCUGAGCCACUCCCUCUACUAAGAACUGGCCUUAUACCAAUCCAGUCACCGAGGGUGCCGUGCACCAGUUCCACCGAGCAGAGCUAUCACCCAGCCUCCCAGAUCACCAUUGACCUUGACAAGCUUAUACACCUGCUUGCGUCCAAUGCUAUAUGUCUGGGACCUGCGCCAGGGAUUCGGAAAGCCGCGGUGGACUCAUCCAUUGCACAAUCUGUCAUCUCCUCCUAG